AAAUAUCUUGGACUUGGAGGGGUGAAUUUACUAGGGCCUCGGCAAUAGACCUAAUUGGUUGGUAAUAUUUACAUUGCCUGCAUACUCGAACCCCUCAUCCUUUCUCCCAAUUCCAAUACUUCCAUCUCAAUGCUCUCCUGCAUUCAUCCUCAACGGAUCAGCCACUGCCACGAUGUACGAGUGUGAGACUUGCAGGGACACCUUUUGGGACCAAGAUGACUACGAGUGGCAUAUGGAGGACUACGGCCAUUGGCCGGAAUGUGAGACAUGCUAUCGCACCUUUCGUAGCUCUCGUGCUUGCCAUCAACACAUGAAUGACGCUAGUCACUGGGCACCCCGCUUCAAUUGUGAGACUUGCUCGCGGGACUUUAACUCCCAGACUGCUGCCAAUCAACAUAUGACGGCAGUGGGACACUGGGCUCCCAGAGUGCCCUGUGAGACUUGCAAUAUGCGGUUUUCCACCGAACAGGCGGCGGAAUCGCACAUGAAGAGUAAGGCUCACUUUAAAAACUACUGCCGUAGUUGUGAAAUACGAUUCCAGAGCGAGAACGAUCUCCGCAUGCAUCUCAAUUCGAAGAUUCAUCGCGGAAAGAAUGUCCAGUGUCCAUUCUGCAAAGCCAAUUACACUUCCGCCAGUGGCCUUGCCCACCACCUGGAACGAGGCUCCUGUCCUCGUGCCUCCACACUUAACCGAGAAACCAUUCUCCGCAUAGUUCACAAGAGGGAUCCGCAGGGUGUCAUUACGAAUAAGCAAAUCGAGUGGUAUAAGGAAGACAGUUCCCACUACUCUGCUACUGACCACGCCUUUAACGGAUCGUCCUGGGAGUGCUACCUAUGCCAUCGUGGGUUCCGCUCGGUCAAGGCCCUGGAUUCACAUCUCAACUCUUCGGUCCAUAAGCAAAACGUGUAUCAUUGCCCGAACUCCAAUGGUAGAUGUGUCAAGCAGUUUACCACCCUCGCUGCACUCUUUAACCACCUAGAAAGCGAGGCAUGCUCGUUUAUGCGGUUUGAGAAGGUACGGAAGAACGUUGACAGAAUUUUCCAGUCACGGAAAACAAUUUCUUUCGGACAAUAAUCGGGAUCCUACCAUCUUCUACUGUGCAUGUGCCUUUCGAACAUGCGACCAGAAGCUAUUCGGCUCGUGUUUCAAUGUAUGGGGUGGUCCCACCAAGAGCGUGGUCAGCUUUUCGGUAGUUUGACGUUGAUUUAAUGCCUGAAACCUGCUCGAUGUUCGGAGGCCAGAUCCUCCCUGAACGGCUGAGUGUAUGUCCCAGGAUGAGUUAAUACCAGCAAGCCGUUAUUAUGACUUUAAUCCAGUGUAGGACCUUAUGUGACUUGUCGGGAUCCUUGUUUAAAAAACAUUC